GGAAUAGAUUAUCAAGGAAAGAUUAGAAAAAUUACAAAUUAUUUUAUGCUUUAUCAAAUGGCUAAAAGUAAGCAUCCACAAACUCUUAUGUGCCUUAAACGUAAUUCUGUCAAAUACAACGGCAGCCAAGUUAGCUUCAAAGAAGAGAUUCUCAAAACACGUCAAAAUAGAUAUACAGUAAUAAAUUCGCAUAGAAUUGCUUAUUCCGGUUUACAUAAAUUUUUAUUUAAAAUUAUGCAUAAAAUUGAAAAAAUAUCUGGAUAAACAAUAAUCCAAGUAUUUGUGUACAAACUAAAAGUGUAAAUUUACGACACUGAAGAAACGUAGACUGAAAAUUUUUGUUGUAAGUGAAGUGCAUUGUAUCCAUAAAAAUGAGUUUUUCAAGUGAUGAGGUGAACUUUUUGGUUUAUCGUUAUCUUCAAGAAUCAGGUUUUGUGCAUUCGGCUUUCGUAUUUGGGGUUGAGUCUCAUAUUUCCCAAAGCAAUAUAAAUGGUGCGUUGGUACCACCAGCCGCGCUGCUCACUAUACUGCAGAAAGGUCUGAUGUAUACGGAAGUAGAAUGGAGCGUGGGAGAAGAUGGGGAAUCAGGUCGUCCUGUUGAAGGACUAAGCUUAAUAGAUGCAGUUAUGCCUGAAGUGAAACCAGCCAAACCGGCAGCUGUCAAAUCUGAGCCGGGUAAAUCUGGUGUCGACAGCAGUAGUGCGGCUGCGUCUUCCACUACCACUGGAGGAGUAGUAAAAUCGGAGGUUAAACCCGAAAAUGGUGCAGGAACUAUAAACAGCAAUGAACAAACAUCGGGGGCAUCAGCAGCAGUCACAGCAAAUGCUGACUCUAAUGAAACCGAUAAUGCGAACUCAGCAGCUGGUAAUUCUGGAAACAGCACAUCUUCUGUUGGUGCAGCAAAUUCUACAUCAGGCACAAGCAGCGAUUCUACUAAUAAUAAGAAGGCAAAUACAACUGAAGGAACCGUCGCAAGCGUUAUGUCCACAGAUGAUUCUAAUACAAAUGCAAGUGCCAAUAGCGCAAAUAAUGCUACUAGUGCUAAUACCAACGUUAAUGAAUCAACCUCAGCAACUAAUGUCGCCGCAGCCAGUUCGACAACAGGUACAAAUAUUCCCAGUACCGGCUCUUCGACUACGUCUACUGGUAGCACAACUAAUACAUGUGUUACCUCAGGCAACUCUGAUGUUAUGUCCCAGAUUCAAAUAAAUAAUAACACUGCUACGCCAGCAGCAGGGGAGCCAAUGGACAUUGAUCAAAGUAUUGAAAUUCCAGCCUCAAAAGCAACAGUUUUACGUGGACAUGAGAGCGAAGUAUUUAUUUGCGCUUGGAAUCCCAGUCGGGAUCUGUUGGCCAGUGGCUCUGGAGAUAGCACGGCACGUAUAUGGGAUAUGUCCGACGCAACUACUAGCCCUAAUCAAUUGGUUUUGCGUCAUUGUAUUCAAAAAGGAGGUGCCGAGGUGCCCAGCAAUAAGGAUGUUACUUCACUGGAUUGGAAUUGUGACGGUACUUUGCUAGCUACUGGUAGCUAUGAUGGCUAUGCACGCAUCUGGAAGACAGAUGGCCGCUUAGCAUCCACACUGGGACAACACAAGGGACCAAUAUUUGCAUUAAAAUGGAAUAAACGGGGUAAUUUUAUUCUCUCUGCUGGUGUCGAUAAGACCACAAUAAUUUGGGACGCUUCGACUGGACAAUGUACUCAGCAAUUUUCAUUUCACAAUGCUCCUGCUCUCGAUGUAGACUGGCAAACAAAUGUAUCUUUUGCUUCAUGCAGUACUGACCAGCGUAUACAUGUUUGUCGUCUUGGCUCGGAUGUACCCAUUAAAACAUUUAAAGGUCAUACUAAUGAGGUAAAUGCUAUAAAAUGGUGCCCUCAAGGACAUUUGUUAGCCUCUUGCUCUGACGAUAUGACACUAAAAAUUUGGAGCAUGAAACAAGACAAAUGUUGUCAUGAUUUACAAGCGCACUCAAAGGAAAUAUAUACAAUUAAAUGGUCACCCACUGGUCCGGGUACACAAAACCCUAAUACAAAUCUUAUACUGGCAUCAGCUUCAUUUGAUUCAACAGUACGUUUGUGGGAUGUAGACCGUGGUAGUUGCAUACAUACACUUACGAAACAUACAGAACCAGUUUAUUCGGUGGCAUUUAGUCCAGAUGGUAAAUAUUUAGCGUCAGGAAGUUUCGAUAAAUGUGUCCACAUUUGGAGUACUCAAUCUGGACAGCUGGUACAUAGCUAUAAAGGCACUGGAGGAAUUUUCGAAGUAUGUUGGAAUUCCAAAGGUACUAAAGUUGGUGCAAGCGCAUCUGAUGGAAGUGUUUUUGUGCUGGAUUUAAGAAAAAUGUAGAACAUAAUGUAAUUUAUAUGUAUAUGCUUAUUAGCAAAGAAUUUGAGAAAAAAGCAUUUCAAUAUUUUAUAUAUUAAAACGGUUGCAUUAAUAAUGCAAAAUGUUAGUUAUAAUUUAUAUUUACUUAAAAUCUUUCUUUAAAAUAAUUUUAAAAGUACAACUUGCAGUAUAUUUCUGUAGUUUUAUAAGAAAAAAAAAGAAAUUAUUUCUCCCAAGUAGUAAUCAAUGUAACUUUGGUUGAUUGUCAUUAUCUUCGGGAAGAAAAUAUAUAACUCUUGAUUCAAUAAAUAGUUACACUAUAUUUUAA